ACACACACACACACACACACACACACACACACCAGUAAGAUCAUCGCGUUGACACCACUUCCACUCUGUCUCCCCAGAUCAACGCUUCUAGCGAACCCAUUUGCGCUGGGGACUCAGCCCUCUCUCUUUUUUCCUGGCGAGGCUUAUGAACCUGUCACCAAGCCAGUGCCUCCAAAAAGGAGGAAGUGCGGUGGGACUCAAAGGAUACAUGGCGCCCGCCCCCAGCUAGCUGCUCUUCAGAUGAUCUGCAACCAAGUUGGCUGAUAAAAUAUUUAGUAACGACCCAGUAAACAUGACUGCAAAUACAUUAAAGCACUUCAGCGCCACGGCUUAUGAUUAUUUCAAAACUUAAAAAGGAGAUCAUAGAUUGUCACUGUUUCUGUACCCUAGCCGGAAACCGAACCUUCCUGAGGUGGGUUGAUGGGUGGGCUAGCCGCUUCGCCUCCUUAUCUCUCUUAAGGCUGUGGCUUUCAGCGGCUGGAGGUUUGUUGAUUUAUUUAUUUAUUCGUGUAGUUUAAAGUGGGGGAGGGGGCGUCAAGGACACGCAGCACCGACUCAACAAAGCACAGGCUCAGGUGUGUAUGCUUCUGCGUAUUAACUGGAAAAGACAGACUCUGGAAGUUUUACAGGGCGAGAAGAGGCCACCGGCUCGCGCUUUGUAUACUUUGCACUUGAAAUCGUUACAUUCAACUGAAUAUUUGGCUCAUUCAGAUCCGAAAAGUCUCCUAGCAUCAUCGAAUUCCCUCCUCCACCCCUCCUCUCUAAAGAGAGAAGGGGGGGGGGGUUAGGAAAUGUUUAGUAAAUUGCACAUCUUUGAAUCUUCCUAAAGCAGUGGUCACAAAGCUUAAAGGUGACAUAACAGAGCUCACGUAAACCAACACACUUUCCCCACCCCCCAAGCCAACAAUAAAAUCAUCCCCUUCAAUUUGCCAUGAUCGUCGCGACCAGGAGCCAGGCGCAUGUUUCCCUUUUUGAGUUUUAACAUUUCUGGUCUCGAUCCCACCGCUCAUUACAAUAUUUUUGUGGAUGUGAUUUUGGCGGAUCCCAAUCACUGGAGGUUUCAAGGAGGCAAAUGGGUUCCUUGUGGCAAAGCGGACACCAAUGUGCAAGGAAACCGGGUCUAUAUGCAUCCGGAUUCCCCCAACACUGGGGCUCACUGGAUGCGGCAAGAAAUCUCGUUUGGAAAAUUAAAACUUACCAACAACAAGGGAGCAUCAAACAACAAUGGGCAGAUGGUGGUUUUACAGUCCCUGCACAAGUACCAGCCCCGUCUGCACGUGGUGGAAGUGAAUGAGGACGGCACAGAGGACACCAGCCAGCCAGGCCGCGUCCAGACGUUCACUUUCCCAGAGACUCAGUUCAUCGCUGUCACCGCCUAUCAGAACACCGAUAUUACACAACUAAAAAUAGAUCAUAACCCCUUUGCAAAAGGAUUUCGAGAUAACUAUGACACGAUCUACACGGGCUGCGACAUGGACCGCUUGACCCCGUCGCCCAACGACUCUCCGCGCUCUCAGAUCGUGCCCGGCGCUCGCUACGCCAUGGCCGGCUCUUUCCUGCAAGAUCAAUUCGUGAGCAACUACGCCAAGGCCCGCUUCCACCCGGGCGCCGGCGCGGGCCCCGGGCCUGGCACGGACCGCAGCGUGCCGCACACCAACGGGCUACUGUCCCCGCAACAGGCCGAGGACCCGGGCGCGCCGUCGCCGCAGCGCUGGUUCGUGACGCCGGCCAACAACCGGCUGGACUUCGCGGCCUCGGCCUACGAUACGGCCACGGACUUCGCCGGCAACGCGGCCACGCUGCUGUCGUACGCGGCCGCGGGCGUGAAGGCGCUGCCGCUGCAGGCCGCGGGCUGCACGGGCCGCCCGCUCGGCUACUACGCCGACCCUUCCGGCUGGGGCGCGCGCAGCCCUCCGCAGUACUGCGGCGCCAAGUCGGGCUCCGUGCUCCCCUGCUGGCCCAACAGCGCUGCGGCCGCCGCGCGCAUGGCGGGCGCCAACCCCUACUUAGGCGAGGAGGCCGAGGGCCUGGCGGCCGAGCGCUCUCCGCUGGCGCCCGCCGCCGAGGACGCCAAGCCCAAGGACCUGUCCGACUCCAGCUGGAUCGAGACGCCCUCCUCGAUCAAGUCCAUCGACUCGAGCGACUCGGGGAUUUACGAGCAGGCCAAGCGGAGGCGGAUCUCUCCGGCCGACACGCCGGUGUCCGAGAGCUCGUCCCCACUCAAGAGCGAGGUGCUGGCCCAGCGGGACUGCGAGAAGAACUGCGCCAAGGACAUAGGCGGCUACUAUGGCUUCUACUCGCACAGCUAGGCCGCCAGCCCGCUCGCCCGUGCCCCCGGCCCCUCAGCUCGGCCCCACGUCCUCCUCCCCAGGCCCGCUCUUGCGCACUCGCUCUUUCACUUGACGCUCGAUGACCGUCUGCGGGGAUAAGUGCAGGUCUCCCACUAUGAUUUUAAAACUUUUUUUUUCUCUUUCUUUCUGCACAGCCAUCUCUGCAGUUAGCGCACCGACCUUGAACCUGGCUGUAAACCUUGUGGUUUUCCAACUUUUCGUCUAUGAAGUUAUGAUCCUCCCUUUUUUAUUUUUCUCUCUCCUUGUCCCCCCUCACUCUCUCCUUCUUUCUCUUGGAAUGAAACUCUUCAACUUUAGGAGACCUGGGCAAUCCUGCCAGGCGUCAGCGAUUCCGACCCGCCUUGUCUUGGCCUCCCUAUUAACCGUAGGAUGUUGACUCUAGAACCUGCACCCACCCAGCGCGUCCUUUCUUAUACCCGAGUGGAUGGAUGGAUGGAUGGAUGGUAGGGAUGUUAAUACUUUUAGUGGAACAAAGCCUGUGAAAUGAUUGUAUAUAGUGUUAAUUUAUUGUAACGAAUGGCUAGUUUUUAUUCUCAUCGUCAAGGCACAAAACCAGUUCACGCUUAACUUUUUAUACCCUUCCUUUUUUUCUCCUUUUCUUUUUCUCCUCUCAUUCUUUCUCUUCCCCCGCCCCCUUUGUUUUCUUGUGAGAUAUUAAAGAUAUUCUAAGAGGCUCUGGAAACACGAAACAACACUUCAUAGUGGUGGCUUUCUCACUUCUCAGUUCGUUGCAUGAUGUAACCACUAUGUGCCCCAGUGCACACAGCAUAGCUAAGGAGAAUCCACCUGAACAUCUAUAAAAGCUAGUCGUCUGUUCCUAGGCGAGUCGAUUAAGCGACAUGCUUGCCACACAGACAUAACUGGAGUUGUAUGUGUCCCUCCCUCCCUCCCUCCCUCCUGAAUGGAAUAGCUCCACAUCAGCAAUAUUAUUUUGCCUUAUUUGUUUUUCCCCAAAGUGCCAAAUCCACUACUGGUCUGUGCAGGUGCCAAAUAUGCUGAUAAACUGUUUCCGACUAUCUUUUCAGUCCCCACUCCACCUUUCUAUGCUGUAAAUCUUUGUAAUGAAUAAUCUACUAAUGAUAGAGAUGACUGAAUUGUUGGUAACUAUAGUGUAGUCUAGUGAAGAUGAAUUGUGUGAGUUGUAUAUUUUACUGCAUUUUAGUUUGAAAACAAUUCCCCCGCCACUUAGAGACAGCUGAAAUUUGACUUUCUUGGGAAAACACUUAGCAUUAUUGCAAGUAAGACUGAUUCCCCCCAAGUCUUGUUAUAUUUGAUAAGGAGCAUUAAUCCCCCUGGAAAUAGAUUAGUAGGAUUUCUAAUGUUGUGUAGCAAACUUAUACUUUUUUUGUACUUUAAAAUCAAUGUGAAAUAUGCAUCAUACACAAUAUUCAAUCUAGAUUCCAGUCUAUGGGGGGAUUUUUCCUAAUAGGAAUUCAGGGUCUAAACGUGUGUAUACUUUGGCUCUUCUGUAAAUCAAAUGUUGUGAUUUUUAUAUUUGUUUUGUUUUGUCUGUGAAUUGAAUAAUUUAUACAAGUACACACUCCACUGAGAAUCGUUUUGUUUUCUGCUCGUUUGUAUCGUCUGUGUAUAACAAGUAAAAUAAAUCUGGUAAAACGCUAAA